AUGUCAAACAUCUUAACAGGCAAACACACCCAACCGUCUCUAGAGGAAGACCUUGCCCCGCCGUCUUCUAUCCCCCGACCCCGGUUCGAUCCGGCACUCGCAUACCCGACCAGUUUCGAGGCCAGCUUUGAUACCGGAACCACCGACUUCAAGUUUUCUUCCCUCAUACACACCGAGCACACAGCACCAGGCUCAAUCCCCAGCAAGCCGAGCGUUACGCUGUCAAUCUUCCAAUCCAGGAACUCAUCCACCAAAAGCCACAGCCGGCCCGUUCUCUAUUAUGUCCACGGCGGCGGUCAGAUAGCAGUAAACCGCUUCCUGGGCAUAGACCUACCAAUCAGUUUCUUCCUAAAAGGCAACAUCGACGCCGUCUACGUGGGCGUCGAGUACUGCCUUGCCCCGGAGCACCGCGCCCCCGCCGCAGCGGUAGACUGCUACGCGGGGCUUGAAUAUCUGGCCGACCACGCCGACGAACUGGGGAUUGACGUCUCACAGAUCCUAGUGCACGGGAGUUCGGGCGGCGCUGCGCCCGCCGCGGCAGCAUGCACUCUCGCCCUUAUUGGCGGGUACCCAGAAAUCCGGGCGCAGAUGCUCUCGAUGCCUAUGCUCGAUGAUCGGAACGACACGGUCUCAGCAAGACAGUUUGAGCGGGGUGUCGCUUGGUCGGGUGCUAUGCAUAGAGAAGCCUGGGAUUACGUGCUUGGUCGGGGUGGGGAGACUACCGUGAGCGAGCUAAUGGCACCCGCAAGAGCAACGGACUUGUCCGGGCUGCCGCCAGCAUUCAUCGAUGUCGGCGAGUGCGAAGUUUUUCGGGACGAGGCGGUUGCGUAUGCGUCGCGCAUCUGGCAGAGCGGCGGCACGGCAGAGCUCCAUGUUUGGCCGGGGUCGUAUCAUGGGAUGUUUCUGGUUGAGCCGCAGGUCCCGGUGGCGCGUGCUGUGGUGGAUGCGCAGAGGAAGUAUAUCUGGAGAUUGUUUGGGGAUAGAGAGAAGUAG